GAGUUGAGUCCCGGGGGGAGUUGAAGCCGGAAAGGAAGAGAACGACAACCACAACAACAACAACCAACCAACCAACAACUUCACAAAAACAACCUCAACUUGUCGACUUGGUACAUAAUCAAAACGAUAUCCUCAUCAGAACCCAGCAUGGAUCAUCAACCUUCAUCACCCCCAACUCAAACUCAAACUCAAACUCAGCCAACCAACAAUACCCAGCAACAACAACAACAACAACAACAGGCUGACUGUCUCAUGGCCGAUGUCUCAACCAAAAGACUCAACCUACCCAUCCAACCUGUCGCCUCUAGCAGCUCAUCCGUCAUCAGGUCACCCUCCGCAGCCAUCUCACAGUUCGGACCUCGUCUAGGACUCACCUGCUUCUCGAACCCUAUCCCCGAUCCACUCACCCUCAACUCAACCCAUGGAUUCAUUCAGUCAAACCUCCAACCCGUCUACUGGUUUACCAUCGACAGUCUACUCAUUUAUCUCAGCUUCUAUCAAGACACCGGCCCCUUGAAUUGUGCCUGUUUAUAUAGGUUUUGUUUACAUCUACACGAGUUACUGGAAGACUCAUCCAUGUCAGAUCGUCGGAUCAUACUAUAUUCAUCAGAUGACCCUGAUAAAAAGGCAAACGCGGCUCUACUCAUGGCACUAUAUUGCAUGAUUGUGCUCAGAUGGAGCGUAGCAGACGCGCUGCAUCCAAUUUCUCAUUUAGAACUCCAACCGUUUCGGGACGCGGGCUACUCUAGGGCAGAUUUCAACCUAACAAUACAAAAUGUCUUAUUUGGCGUCAAGAAGGCGAUUGAUCUGAGACUAUUAAAACUAGAAGAAUUCGACCUCAAAGAAUACGAGACCUUCGAGAAGGUUGAACAUGGCGAUUACAAUUGGCUCUCCCCCCACUUUAUCGCCUUCGCCUCACCAGUCGAAUCAGCAAAUGGGAGAAUAGGGAAAGCCUUCAAACUCAUCUUGGAUCAAUUUGAACGCGUCGGAGUCAAACUGGUGAUUCGUCUCAACAAGAAACUCUACGAUGAAACUCGGUUUACCAAAAGGGGGAUUGCUCACCGGGAAAUGUACUUUGAUGAUGGCACAAAUCCUACGAUGGAAAUGGUGCGGGAGUUCAUUACGAUUUCCGAAAGAAUCAUUGGCGAGGGCGGCGUUGUGGCGGUUCACUGCAAAGCUGGACUCGGACGAACCGGAACCUUGAUCGGAGCAUAUCUUAUUUACAAGUAUCGGUUCACAGCUGAAGAAGCUAUUGGAUUCAUGAGAAUCAUGAGGCCUGGAACAUGUGUCGGACCUCAACAGCACUUCCUAUACGAAAAUCAGCUGACGUGGAUUGAAUGGGCAGCAAGGGAUGAAUUGCUAGCUGAACAACAAGCACAAAUCAGUCCCAGCAAAACUGAACGUCCGAUCACUCCACCACCUGAAAGUCUGGUACCGGCCAUAGCACUAUCCUCUGCGACAUCGACCCCACCACCAAAGUCACUGACAGCAGGGACAUCAGCCAUGCCGGCGAGUGCCGUGCCAGGCAAACAGAGUAAAAGUCUGAUUGAGCAGGAGGAAGCUCAGGAGCAAACGAGUGAGGGAGAAGAAGAGGAAGAAACACAAGUGAUCCCCAAUCGGCCCAUCACUCGACAAGUGCUUGCUCACAAAUUAGCACCCGGAUCGCCUGUCAAGAUCAGCAAUCCAGUGCCUGCUGCAAAAACUCGGCCACGACCGGCUUCUGCCAUGUCAGAUCAUCGACCAAAGAGCACUGCGCCAGUUCCUGGGAUCGUCCGACGAAGCAAAGCCGUCAAAGAUCUUGGGACGCUCUUCGAAGGCACCUCGACCAAGGCUGGCGACCAGAAAACAACCGCCAUCCCGACGCGAUAUAACCUCCGUGGUGCCGGUACAAGAGCGGUCUCGGGGGCAAGCUCGAAUAAUGGGAACCGGGCCAAUGGUAACAACAACCCGACCUCUCCCAGUCGAUUGCCGCAGCGGGUUGCUGGGGUUAAGAAGAGAGGAUGCACGGCGAAUGGGCCUUCGAAUGUGCACAAGGACGAGCUGCUGAACUUGCGAGUCACCGAGGUCCGCAACGGAACCAGCCACCAUCAUCUUCGUGAUCACAAGCAUCUCAAUGGGGCUCCCAAUAACCUUAAUCCUCUCGAUCGUAGAAACGUCGGUGCUUCACUCGGCUUGGACGAGGAUCAGAGGAGCGUUCGGAGGAGACGGUCUAGCUUGAGUCAUACCGAUCUGGCUAUCUAA